UCUAGACUGCAUGCUUCUAUUGAACUUGAGGCGCGGUCUACGUUUCAAAGCUCGCUGCCCAUUUGAGUACAGCAAGCUGUCUUAGUUCUGAUUUUUCGGCAUCGCGUUGGUCGCACGGAGGACUUUGGGAAAGCGCCGGGCAGUCACUUAGGUUUUGUGAGUGCUUUGGGGCACUGUAAUUUCCUAUCCGCUGCCAAAGAUGUAUAUGCAGGUUGAAAGUCGUUCAAACACACACCUUCACUUGAAGAGAUCCCCAGGCAUCAGAUCUUGGUCUAUCCUUGUAGGGAUCUCCUCCAUUGGCAUAGCUGCUGCUUAUUAUAGUGAAGAUAGCCUGGGAUGGAAACUCUUUUAUCUUGUUGGCUGUCUCUUUGUAGCUGCACAAAACCUGGAGGAGUGGGAAGAAGCUAUAUUUGAGAAAGAUGCAGGAAAGGUUUACUUAAAGUCAUUCAGCCUUUACAAAAAGCUGUUGACCUUUUCAAGAGCUGGCCACGAACAAGUGGUUGUUCCAUUGGAUGAAAUACAGGCUGUGAAUGUAGAAGAAGAGAAGGUCCGUUACUUUGGGAAGGGGUACCUAAUUGUACUGCGAUUUGGCACUGGAUUUUCACACCCUCUCACACAGAAUGCAGUGAUGGGCUGCAGAAGUGAUGUUGAGGCUGUGGCCAAUAUCAUUGUUGGUUUCCUUGAAUUGAACGAGUUACAGAUUGAUGAAGGCCUUGAAACGAGUAGUGGAACAGAUGUUAGUGAUGAAGAUCAAGCAAAGGACAAAUAGUUACAUGAACUCUGAUAUGUGGAAACCAAAAAUUCUCUGAAUGGUAGAAAACUUGAAUCUGUUACAUUUUUAAGUUCUAGAAACAACCUUUAAUUGUUAACUUCCUAUGUAUAGAAUAGAAUAGAAUUUUUUAUUGGCCAAGUGUGAUUGGACACACAAGGAAUUUGUCUUGGUGCAUAUGCUCUCAGUGUACAUAAUGUACAUAUAAUGUUAAGCAUAGAGAUUUGCAACAAUCAGAAAGGAAUUUAAAAGUCUUCCAUAUUUUCUAGAGUCUAGACCUAUGGAUCUUUUAUUUUUAGAUUUUUAGAUGGGGAUACCAUUUUAUUUUUAGAUUUUUAGAUGGGGAUACCAUUUGGACAUAAUUUAGAUGAUUACCUAAUUCCUGAUAAGUCUUGAGCCUAUUUCUUUCCCCUUCUGUGCUCCUUGUGAUUAUUUUAAAUUUCAAUAAAAUCCUCCAGCGAGAGUAUCGUAGAGAGGCCAUAGACUUCGAAUGUGAAGCAUGCUAUUUCUCAACAAUUGCACUUCUCCAGGAGAAGCAAUAUAAAAGCUUUUGCUGCAGAGCAAACCAGUUUGGCACUACACCCAGAUUCUGGGGUUUUUUUUUCCUAAACAAAAGGGAAAGAAUAUUCAGAAAGCAGGAACAACUCCAGAGAAGACCCACCUGCAAGUGAUUACCAGUUGACAUGUUACAUAGUGCAAAAACUCUUCUAAUUGUUUUAGCAAUUAAGGAGGUCUGUAAUUUGUCCUGAUCCCAGGUUUUUUUAAACAAAACUUGACUUCUGCUUGUAGUUAAUUGGCAGUCUGUAAACUUGUGGGUUACCAGUCUGUGAUCAACAGUAGUUAGAUUCUCCCUAUCUAGAAAAGGAUAUAAAUGGGAUUCCAACCAAAGGCUAGCUCUCUAAUCACAGCCCACAGAGGUGAUACGAGUUUUUAAUGGUAAACUAUAAUAAAUAGUGACUAUAAUAAAUUCUAAAAGGUAGAGAGCUGAAAUUGAAUGUUUUGAAUGCAACUUUUCAAAAAAAAACAAAACACCACAUCUUUGGCUUGAUCCUUUGCGGUACAUUACUGUUAGCUUUUCCACAGGAACCACAUUUGAUAUUGCAUCCCUAAAAUUGAUAAGCACAAAGAAAGUUUGUAUGUGUGUGCAGAUGCUUGUGUGUUUGUUUUCAACUCAUGAUUCACAUUAUUAUAUCCGUUUUUCUAAUAUUAGUUUGAUGGAGAUUAUAUUUUCUACUGGGCCAAGUACCAAUAAUGUCUGUUAAAUUUACUGCAGUUCAAAGGAAACAUCGAGUCUAAUAUAUAAUUCAAUGAUGGAUUUUUAUUUUAAAAAUGGGGAAAAUGG